AAGGCCUUGAACCGGAAACCAUACCACCAUCCAAGAGAGCUGACAGCAUGAAGGUCCUCCUGCUGCUAGCAGCCGUGAUCAUGGCCUUUGGCUCAAUGCAGGUCCAGGGGAACAUUCUGCAGUUUGGGGAAAUGAUUCGGCUUAAGACAGGAAAGAGAGCUGAGACUAGCUAUGCCUUCUACGGAUGCCACUGUGGCCUGGGUGGCAAAGGAUCCCCCAAGGAUGCCACAGACCGGUGCUGUGUUACUCACGACUGUUGCUACUCCCGUCUGGAGAAAAGUGGAUGUGGCACAAAAUCACUGAAAUACAAGUACUCCCCCCGGGGGGGCCAAAUCACCUGUUCUGCAAACCAGAGCUCCUGUCAGAAACAGCUGUGUCAGUGCGAUAAAGCUGCCGCUGAAUGCUUUGCCCGGAACAAGAAAACCUACAGUGUCAAGUACCAGUUCUACCCCAACUGGCUUUGCAGAGGGAAGAAGCCCAGAUGCUGAAAAGAGCCAUCUUCGGAAACAGCUGAACAUGAGUAUCCCCCCCUAACACCUCUCCCAGCCCAACCAAGUUCCCCGGUGAUAAAGAAAACACCCUAGAGGCAAGGCGGGGGCCCUUCUGUCUUCACCCAGAAUGAGACACCGAAGCCUGCUGAGUCAGACUGACCUUUCCCCACCACUCCACAGCCUUGAAUCUGCCCACUUCCACCUUUCUCUUGGCAUCCAACUUUCUGCUUUGUACCUAAGAGAGUCCUGGGAGGCUCACACAAGUAAAGCAAUUCAUCAAACAA